UUCGAGGUGGAUAGAAGAAACACGAUCAUAUUUUUAGUUUUUUUAAUUUUUGCAAAUAUAUUCCAAAUUUCCCUUAAUUAUUCCCUUUAUUUUACUAUCAAUAUGUCGUUUCUACGCCAAACUCCAAAUUUACUAAAAUGUGUUGCACGUUGUUCAAAAAUUCAAGGCCAAAUAAAGAAUGUUGCUGCUGUAUCACAAGUUCGUGGCUAUAGCAGCGAUAAUGUAGAACCCUCUUCCAGUUUUCCGGGUGCUAAUGCACCAUUUGUGAAUAAAGCUACUUUUACCAUGCCUACUGAUUAUUCCCCCAUACCCAUUUAUCGUGUCAUGGAUCGCGACGGUAAUAUUAAAGACGAAUCUCAGGAUCCUAAGCUGGACAAAGGUGUUGUUCAGAAAAUGUUUCGUGACAUGGUUUUGCUAAAUACAAUGGACAAAAUUCUGUAUGAAUCACAGCGUCAGGGUCGUAUAUCCUUCUAUAUGACUAACUUUGGCGAGGAAGCCAGCCACAUUGGCAGUGCAGCAGCCCUGAAUAUGUCGGAUUUAAUAUAUGGCCAAUAUCGUGAAGCUGGUGUUUUGGUAUGGAGAGGAUUUACGAUCGAACAAUUUUUAAAUCAAUGCUAUGGUAAUGACCUGGAUGUUGGUAGAGGCAAACAGAUGCCUGUCCAUUAUGGCUCUAAAGAAUUGAAUUUCGUGACAAUUUCCAGUCCUCUGUCCACACAGAUGCCUCAAGCUGUUGGUGCUGCCUAUGCCAUGAAACGUCGUCCCAAUAAUGACAGCUGCGUUGUGUGCUACUUUGGUGAAGGUGCAGCAUCGGAAGGCGAUGCUCAUGCUGCUUUCAAUUUUGCAGCCACUUUAGAUUGUCCUGUUAUUAUGUUCUGCCGCAACAAUGGUUUUGCCAUUUCAACUCCAUCUCAUGAACAAUACAAAGGUGAUGGUAUAGCUGCCAGAGGUCCAGCUUAUGGCAUUGCAACGAUCCGUGUAGAUGGCACUGAUGUAUUUGCUGUUUACAAUGGCAUGAAGUUGGCCCGUGAAUAUACUUUGCGUGAAAAUAAACCUGUUAUUUUCGAAGCUAUGGCUUAUCGUGUUGGCCAUCAUUCCACCUCGGAUGACUCGACUGCCUAUCGUUCAGCAGAGGAAAUUGAGAUUUGGAAUUCCACAGAACAUCCCAUUUCCAAACUUAAAAAUUAUAUGAUUAAACAGGGUUGGUUUAAUGAGGAGGAAGAAAACGAAUUUGUUAAAGAUGUGCGCAAGCAGGUUUUAAAACAGAUUUCUGUUUCUGAAAAGAAAUUGAAACCCAGCUAUAAGGAAAUGUUUGAGGGUGUUUAUGAUGUAAUGCCCGAACACUUGAAAGAACAAUUGAAAGAAUUGGAAGAACAUGUAGCCGCUCAUAAAGAUUACUAUCCCGUUAAAAAUUUCAAAGCUUAAUUGAAACGAGGGAGAAUGAAUAAUUUUCUACACCCAUUUCUCAAAUGAACGGACCCAACAAAGAGACUAGUUUAAAGUGCAUUUAUUAGUUUAUUUAAGUAGUACAAGUUAUAGAAAUACAUAUAUGUAAAUAAUUUUAAAGCAAUUAUUAUUUUUGAUUGAGGGUAUAUUUUGCAUAAACAAAUUCUGUAUAAUUGUUGUGAAUUGGACAAAAGUGUAUGUUAUGUUGUAUAUCCUUCAGAUAUCAAUAUCAAUUUAUACAUGUAAAUAUAUUUUGUUUUAGCCGAUUAUUGAAAAUAUACAGAGCAACAGCAGUUAAAUACAAUUAAAAACAAA